GCAUUUUUAUGUCAUAUAUGAGACAAGCGUCACUCAUCCCUUUACUUUAAUCAAAUACCUUGUGCGCAUCACUUUUUUACCACCACUCUUCAUUCUCAUUAUCCCAAUUUCUCCUACACACUUCCCAAUGGCUCUCCGUUCUGUUCUCACCAGAAGAAGCGCCCUACUGGGCUCCGCCUCCAAGGCGGCGGCCGUGGCAGGGAUCGGUCAAUCGCGAGGAUUGAAGACGUUCACGCUUCCUGAUCUGCCUUACGACUAUAGUGCUCUUGAACCUGUUAUAAGCGGCGACAUAAUGCAGCUUCAUCACCAGAAACAUCACCAGGCUUAUAUUACUAACUACAAUAAGUCUCUUGAGGUUCUCCAUGAAGCUAUGGAAAAAGGAGACUCUUCCUCUGUUGUUAAAUUGCAGAGCGCUAUCAAAUUUAACGGCGGAGGUCAUAUCAACCACUCCAUUUUCUGGCAGAAUCUUGCCCCUGUUCGUGAAGGAGGUGGUGAACCCCCACAUAGUUCUCUUGGAGGGGCGAUUGAUUCACAUUUUGGUUCUCUUGAAAAGUUGAUACAAAAAAUGAACACCGAAGGAGCUGCUGUCCAAGGAUCUGGAUGGGUGUGGCUUGGCGUUGACAAAGAGUCCAAGAAGCUUGUUGUUGAGACCACUGCAAAUCAGGAUCCAUUGGUGACUAGAGCCCCAACUUUAGUUCCUUUGCUUGGUAUUGAUGUUUGGGAGCAUGCUUACUAUUUACAGUACAAGAAUGUGAGACCGGAUUAUCUAAAGAACAUAUGGAAGGUAAUAAACUGGAAGUAUGCAAGCGAUGUGUAUGCGAAAGAAUGUCCUUCAGCUUAGAGCGUUUUUGAUUCUAUGAUAAUGCCGUGGCUUUGUAGCGCAGGCAGAAUGAUGUAAUAAGUGAACUGAUGUGCUGAUGUAUUGUAAAAUAUGGUUCCCGUUCUUCUACUUCGUGUCGACCCUGUUUUAUGGGCUGUGUUUGCUGGUGUAUCCAUUUUGUUAAUCCAGAACUAUGUUGUUUCUCA